CAGCCUAACUUUUCCUCCGAGCUGUGAAGUUCAGCGGGAUAAACUUGUGAAAACCUGCGUUACUCUUCACGUUAUGGAGGUUCUGGACUUAUUCGGGUGCUGGGUUCGGUUUUAUUGAGGAUGUGAGUGAUGAGUGCGUCAGGAAGAUGUAGACACUACAGCUGGUGACGUAGCUCCGGUAGUUUCCUUUAUGUUGCAGCUCAAUCACUGAACAUUGUUGUUUAGUGGAAGUUUUGAACAAAGUAACAGCUGCUGUUUGUUUCUCUCUGCUGGAUGAAACUGCAUUCUUCGGCUUUCUGUGAAUAACAACUGCGGGGUUUGUGUGUGAAAAAUGUUUAAAAAGUUGUCUCGGUGUCCCACCGCGGAGGACAACCUUCAGGGAAGGAGGCUGUGGGCUGCAGCCGCUGUCGCGGUGACCUUCCUGGGUUUGUUCGCGGCAACUGGCUGGGCAGAGGAAGCCUCCUGUCACGGAGCUUACGACCUCUACUUUGUUUUAGACAGGUCUGGAAGCGUCUCCAGGAACUGGUUUGAGAUCUACUCCUUUGUGAAGAACCUUACGGACCGGUUUGUGAGUCCACGAAUGAGAGUCUCAUUCGUAACUUUUUCGUCCAGAGCUGAAGUUCUGCUGCCUCUGACUGGAGACAGGUAUGAAAUUGAAGAAGGCCUGAAGCGCUUGCACAACGUGGUACCAGCAGGUGAAACGUACAUGCACGAGGGAAUAAAAGAGGCUUCCGCUCAGAUCCAGCAGCAGUCCACAAAGUCCUCCAGCAUCAUCCUGGCUCUGACAGACGGGAAACUGGAAGUGUACAUCCAUGAGCUCACCAAGCAGCAGGCUGAUGAAGCCAGGAAAUAUGGCGCUCGUGUUUACUGCGUUGGUGUCCUGGACUUUGAUGAGCAGCAGCUUGCUGAUAUUGCGGACUCCAAAGACAACGUGUUUCCUGUCAAAGAUGGCUUCCACGCUCUCAAAGGCAUUGUCAACUCUAUAUUGAAGCGAUCGUGCACAGAGAUCCUGACUGUGGAGCCUUCCGUUGUGUGUGUGAACGAAUCCUUCGACAUCGUCCUCAGAGGGAACGGCUUCUCCAUCGGACAGAGCAACGAAGGCGUCAUCUGCAGCUUCAUCGUUAAUGACCAAACCAUCAACAACAAGCCAACCAGUGUGCGCAAUGACUACCUGCUGUGUCCCGCUCCCACACUGUAUGAUCCUGGACAAACUAUGGAUGUUCUCAUCAGCCUGAACAACGGCAAAUCGUUCAUCUCUAGUGCCUACACCAUCACUGCAUCUACAUGUUCGAGCGGUUUUGUGCUGCUCAUCGUGAUCCUGGUGAUGCUGGCGCUCCUGGCUCUGGCCUUCCUGUGGUGGUUCUGGCCUCUCUGCUGCACUGUGGUCAUCAAAGACCCGCCGCCGCCGCCUCCACCUUCUCGUCCGCCUCCACCUGAACCCGAGCCGCUGCCAAAGAAGAAGUGGCCAACGGUGGACGCCUCGUACUACGGAGGAAGAGGAGCAGGAGGCAUCAAACGCAUGGAGGUGAAAUGGGGAGAAAAGGGAUCAACUGAGGAGGGGGCCCGACUGGAGAAGGCCAAAAAUGCUAAAGUCUCCGUACCAGAGGACGUGGAGGAGCCGAUGAUCAAACGUCCACGUCCUAAACCGGCGUCCAACAACAGGCAGGCGGAAAACAAAUGGUACACUCCUAUCAAGGGUCGCCUGGAUGCAUUGUGGGCUUUGCUGCGGCGGCAGUAUGACCGGGUCUCCCUCAUGCGUCCCACCUCAGCAGACCAGGGCCGCUGUGUUAAUUUCAACCGUGUUCCGCAUCAGGUGAGCAGAACCACUGUGUGACGGCAACGGAGCUCAUGGCUGCGGACCAGACGACAAAUUCAGGGUUAUUUUGGUUUUGCCAACGUUUCUUGCAGCUGGAACCACUACACGUUUCCCCGGCCGUCACUUUUUACACCGAGCUUCCUCUCUUGUUCUCACACGUAGAUCUCUGCAUCAUACCGGCUGAAACAUGUAAUGUUUUAAUGUUAUUUUUAACCUCUAACUUAUUUACUGCCUGAUUCUGAAUCUCUUUUUUUGUUUUGUUUUUUUUGUUUUUUUAUAAAAAAAGA